UUAUUGCCAAUAUGCUAGAAUGAUAAAUAAGCAGUACAAACAUCCCUUUGUCAUAGCUCUUAAAUCUGUAUAAUGACAUUUUGUUUUCUCAGCCUUCAUGAAGUGUGAAAUUUGCAUUUUUGCAGUACACCACUUUUUGCUUACCUGAAGAAUGCUUUUUAACUGAAUGAAGCAGUUACUGAGAAUAAGAUGUGAAAGAGGGAAUGAGCUGAAUAUUUUCCUUAUAAAACAGAUAGUGAAUAUGCCUAAAAAGAAGACUGGUGCUCGUAAGAAAGCUGAGAACCGUCGAGAACGUGAAAAGCAGAUAAGGGCUUCAAGAGCCAACAUAGAUUUGGCCAAACAUCCUUGUAAUGCUUCAAUGGAAUGUGAUAAGUGCCAAAGACGACAGAAGAACAGAGCUUUUUGCUACUUCUGUAACUCUGUUCAGAAAUUACCCAUUUGUGCACAAUGUGGAAAAACCAAAUGCAUGAUGAAGUCUUCAGACUGUGUCAUAAAACACGCUGGUGUGUAUGGUACUGGACUAGCAAUGGUGGGUGCAAUCUGUGAUUUCUGUGAAGCUUGGGUGUGUCACGGGAGGAAGUGUCUCAGCACACACGCGUGUAUCUGCCCUCUCGCAGAUGCAGAAUGUAUUGAGUGUGAAAGAAGUGUCUGGGACCAUGGAGGCAGAAUAUUCGCCUGCUCUUUUUGCCAUGAUUUCCUCUGUGAAGAUGAUCAGUUUGAACAUCAAGCCAGCUGCCAAGUUCUGGAAGCAGAGACGUUUAAAUGUGUUUCCUGUAACAGGCUUGGGCAGCAUUCGUGCCUGCGUUGUAAGGCUUGUUUUUGUGACGACCACGUGCGAAGUAAGGUCUUCAAGCAGGAAAAAGGAAAAGAGCCUCCUUGCCCUAAAUGUGGCCACGAAACUCAGCAGACAAAGGAUCUGAGCAUGUCAACCCGUUCCUUGAAGUUUGGCCGACAGACUGGAGGAGAAGAUGCAGAUGGAGCUUCUGGUUAUGAUGCCUACUGGAAAAACCUCCCCUCCAGCAAGACUGGAGGUGACCGUGAGGAUGAAUAUGAUGAAUACGAAGCAGAAGAUGAUGAUGAAGAUGACAAUGAUGAGGGAGGGAAGGAUUCAGAUUCUGAGACCACGGAUGUCUUCAGCAAUUUGAAUUUAGGAAGGACCUAUGCUAGUGGGUAUGCACAUUAUGAGGAAUCAGAAGAUUAAGCCUAGUAUGCUGGCAAGCUAAAAACACUUGGAAGGAGCCAAGCAAUGCUUCACUGAGUUGUGUACACGCCAGUAGGAUAGCUCUAUCAGGUACUUACAUAUCAAAGUUAGAGAAUUAACAGUGUGGGACUUCUGCUGUAACUCCAAGGGGGACUUUUCUUUUAUAUGAACCAAUGGUUCUGGGACUGGGGGAAAAAAUCAGAAUAUUUUUAUUCCCCUAAGCAGCAGAAGGUUGUGUCCCUGAGUUACUGAGUAUAAUGGUUCAAUGCCAUUUUCUCGUAUCAACAUGGGAAUGUGGGAGAGCUGUAGAACUUGCUUCCAUUUGCUCAUCAGAGAUUAAGUUAUUUUUUACAAUCAUUUUGUUAACUGAUUUCAUACAUUAAUGCAGUGGUGGGUUGGUGACUGCGUUUUUUUUUUGGUCUGCACAAUAAAAGUCAACUGCAUUCUCUAA